ACGACAAGUCACCUGAGUUGUGAAAAGCAAACAAGCAUCGGCCUCUUUUAAAACAACAUGAAAUUUUAUCAACUAAAAGCUGACUGAUGAACUUACAUUGAAUUUAAUUACUCAUUUAAUCUAAUAAAAUAUAACUGAGGAACUGCUCUGAUUGUGAUACGUGGGUAAAAGCUUAAGAUGGCAUCUAGAGGGACUCAAGAGACAACAAAACUCAAACAAAACCUGGAAGAACAGCUAGACAGAUUGAUGCAACAAUUGGUAGAUCUUGAAGAGUGCAAGGGAGACUUGGAGCCAGAAGAGUAUGAGGACACAAAGAAGGAGACAGUAGAGCAGCUGAAAGAAUUCCAGGAGAACUUAAACAAGAUGGUCAAAGGGAAUCUUAGUUUGGUGGAUGAACUGAAUGGAAUGCAGCUGGCUAUCCAAGCAGCUAUAAGUGAAGCCUUCAAGACACCAGAAGUCAUACAGUUGUUUGCUAAGAAACAGCCUGGUCAGCUACGCUCCAGAUUGUCUGAUAUCAGUAGAGAUGAGAAAAUAGGAAAAUUACCCAAAGAACAAGCCAUUCAGCAGUCUGUUGAGAUACUGACAGCCUUGAAGAAAUUAGGAGAAACUUUAACAGCCACAGAGAUAGCAUACUUACAAGAGCACUCCUCAGGAAGCUUAAAAGAGUUUGAAAGAGUUUCAGCAGAUAUUGGUUCUGGGGAGAAGGUGCUGGCUGUCGCUGGGUCACAGGUAGAGAAGGCUUCAAAAUGAGAACAUCAAAAACAUUAAUCACGUUGUCUUAGGCUGGUGAUAAGGAAACUAUUUUGUUAUUUUGUUAUUCAUGCCUGCCACUUUACACUAUGAUGCCAUAUGGACUGGAAUCCACAACAAAUUACUGUGUAAUUUAAAUAUGCACAUUCCUUCCUUCUUAAAUAUUAAAAAGACUAUUAAUAAAGUUAAUAGAAUAAAAAUUAUUUAAAAAAUAUUUGAAUUAUCAAAACAUUAAAAAAUUCUAAUUCCUAGGAAUAAAACUUUUAAAGCAGUUCCGAGUAGAUAAUGCUGUCUGUAGUAUUUAGCAUACUAAUAAAUGUCUUCCAGUACACAAAAAUUGCUUUAAACCUUCAAUACUCAACUUAUAGCACAAAAUGUCAUGGAUCCAGUGUUAAUAGCAAUUCUUGUACCCUAGUGAUUUUGCAAAUAGUUUGAUUAGUUAAAAUAAUGUAUCACGACUGCAUACACGAUUAUAAAAUCUUCAUUCUGUACUGUUAAAUUUUUUGCUUUUGAAAAAUUAUUGAAAUAAUCAUUGUUAGUUUUGCAACACAAUUUUGUUAGUUAUUUAGAUGUGUAAAUUUGGGAAUGACAUUACUAUGAGGUAGAGCUGACAUUACAUCUUGAGAGAAAACAACUAUAAACAAGCAAAUGUGAUAUGUCAAAAGAAAUCUUUUAGAGGCUUUUUUUAUUGUGAUCGGAUUCCAAAACAAUAAAUUAUUAGAAAUAGAAAUUAUAAAACAUGAUUAAAACAAUAUAUGCUAUUCAAAAAAAUUUAGAAAUUUUUUAAUUAAGAGGGUAAAGACUUUGUUCGACUAGAUUUUAGCACCACCCAUUGUAUGUUAUGUGAUAAUCCUGCCUGAGUAGUUGUUGCAACAAGAACUAUUUUGUCAGCAUAAAAUUGAUAAUUGUUUGGUUUGCUGUAUGUAUCACAUCAAACAUUUUUUUAUUUGAUCAUUUAAUUUAGACCUGUUAUUCAAGAUUGUUUCUGACUGGAAAACAACAGUCCAAGAUUGAAGCAAAAUGUGCUUAUCCAGUUUUUACUUAAAAUAAAUGUAUAGUUGAGUGCUUUUCCAUCUCAUCUCAUUUAAUUUCUGUCAUUUCCUAUGUGCAAUAAAUAAUUUCUAUCAAAUUUUUAUUUAAAUCUUAGCCUAACAAAUUAAUUAGAUAAAUAAAUAUGAAAAUAUAAAAUUUCAA